AUGCAUGCUGCUUCUCAUCCGCGUGUCGACAUUGGACAAGCAGCCCACUCGCGCGAUCACUAUGCAACCCUUGGAGUUCCAAUCACAGCGACAAAUGCUCAAAUAAAGGCAUGGGUCAUUUUCUUCGUGAAAAGAAUUGUCCCUCAUAAACUCAUAAUAGAUACUUCUACUAAUCAGGACAGUACGGCAUGGGGAAAAUUUCACGCAGUGAGUGAAGCCUACGCAGUGCCCGGGGACGAUCGGAAGCGCCAUGCGCAUGACCCAAAUGCAACUUAUGAUUACCCAUGGGAGCGUGCUCGUACAGGCAAAUACACGUACUAUCAACCUCCCCCGGGUGCUCAUUCGUGUACAUAUUAUAUAUGGUCGCCCACGAAUCCAUUUUCCAGCCUACACGUCCAACGGGCGACCGGUUGUAUGUCUGCAUAUCCACCACCAGGAACAGGCCCUUCUAGUGGUAACGAUGAAGAUAUGGUUCAAGGCCUUCGCGUGCUCAGUUUUCUUCGUAGUCCUUUGUUUGGUACCCUUUGGCACUUUGGCACUUCCGCGCAAAGAGCGAGAAGUUGA